AACACCGUUUACUUUCACUGAAAAUUAUCAUUUUUAUUUUUAUUAAUUUUCGCCCACCCUCCAUUUUUCUGAUCGACGAUCGACCGAAUCCCAAUUCCUCGCCGCCAAUUUUAAUCCCUCCAAAUUCCCAAUUGAAAACCCUAAUUUGUUUCCCUCCACUUAGUUCAGUGCAUUUCUUCCCGCAAAAAACAAAAGUUUGAUUUUUCGUUUCCUUUUUUAACUUCACUGAGAUUCAAAAAUUAGCUCAAAACCUUGAUUUGCUCAAGCUAUAAAGGACACGUGGCGAUCUGCGUCUUGCUUCGCUUCCAUUGCUGCUCAAAUCUCGGAAAAAUGAAAUGGUUGAAUAUGACAAUUCAGCUACUUUUAUGGUUUAUCAUGUUGGGAUCUCUAUAACGUUUGUUUCAAGAGUUUGGUUUUGAAAAUCAUUUGAAUUUUCCAAAUGGAAGCGAACAAAGCGGAGGCUCUUAAAGCGAAAGAGAUUGCUGAGAAGCGGUUUGGUGAAAGAGACUUUAAAGGUGCUAAGAAUUAUGCAAUAAAGGCUAAAGCGUUGUAUCCUGAAUUAGAGGGUAUAUCACAGAUGGUGUCCACUUUCGAAGUUUAUGUUGCAUGGGAGACUAAAUGUAAUGGUGAAAUUGAUUAUUAUUCGAUUCUUGGAUUGAAGCCUUUUGCGGAUAAAGAGGCAGUGAAGAAACAAUACAGAAAGAUGGCUGUGUUACUUCAUCCUGAUAAGAAUAAAUGUGUGGGAGCUGAUGGGGCUUUCAAACUUGUAUCCGAGGCGUGGACUUUGUUGUCGGAUAAAAUCAAGAAAAGUGCCUAUGAUAUCAAGAGAAACAAAAAGAUGCCUUCGGGAGUGGUUCAAACUCCAACAUAUGCCUCUGGGGUUACUGGUGUAAGCAACUCUUUGAAUUCAACCUCACAAGGUAGACUUGAUACUUUUUGGACUGUAUGCACAUCUUGUAAAGUUCAGUAUGAGUAUCUUCGGAAGUAUGUCAAUAAGAGACUUUCGUGUAAGAACUGCCGUGGCACUUUCAUUGCUGUUGAAACUGGGUCUGCUCCAGUGAAUGGUUCGUUCCCCUAUUGUCCCUGGUCUUAUGUGCCGAAUAAUGGAUAUGCAAGUCAUGGAUAUGAUGGGGUCACAUACAUCCCGACGAAUGCUGCUGCUUUUACUGGAAAUGUGGUCUCAGGUUAUCAUUCUGGGCAUGGGUAUGAUUAUGUUUCUAACAUGUCAUUUCAGUGGAGUUCAUUCUCUGGAACUUCAACUGGGAUCAUGAGCCUUAAUGGAGUAUCUGCCAUUUCCACUGAUUCUGUUUAUCAGACCAACAGAGAGGGUAGAGGAGCAGGGUCAAAGGUGAAGUCAAGUGCCAAUGGAAAACAUUCCAUGAAAAACAUUGUCACGCCGACAAUUCCAAAUUUGUUCAAUGGCUAUAAUGAUUCUUCAGGAUCUAAGACUGGUGGAGUUGAGAAGAAAAGGAAGGUUAUUGUUAAUUCCGAUUUUAAAAGUGGAUACGUAGACAAGGGAUUGAAACCUUCAGAAGCAGGAUUAGCAAAUGGACAUGGUGUUGAGCCUGAUCCAAAGCUUUCCAACCCAAGUGAACCUCCAAAUAGGCGAUGCUUAACACAACCAAUGUUUGAUGCUAGAAAGUUGUUAAUUGACAAGGCGAGGACUGAAAUUCGGAAGAAAUUGGAAGAGAUUAGGUUGGCUUCAGAGGCAGCUGCUGCAGCCUCAGCAGUUAAAUUAGGCAUUGAAGGAGUUCAACUGCCAGCAGCCGGAAAGGCUCCCAAGAUAUCAGAUUUGACUUUUUCUGUUCAUCAAUUAGCAUCAAAUAAAAGUGCACCGGUCUCAAUUACUGUUCCGGACUCUGACUUUCAUGAUUUUGACAAAGAUAGGUCAGAGGAAUGCUUCAAACCAAAGCAAAUAUGGGCACUGUAUGAUGAAGAUGAUGGUAUGCCUCGAUUGUAUUGCUUGAUUCGCCAGGUUGUUUCUGUAAAACCAUUUAAAAUUCUCAUUACUUACUUGAGCUCCAAGACUGAUAACGAAUUUGGCUCUGUGAAUUGGGUGGAUUCUGGGUUUUCUAAAUCUUGUGGACACUUCAGGGCUUGGAAUUCUGACAUUAUUGAUCAAGUCAACAUUUUCUCUCAUCUUCUGAGAGGAGAAAAGGCUGGAAGGGGAGGCUGCGUUCGCAUAUUCCCCAAAAGUGGAGAUAUUUGGGCUGUGUAUCGGAAUUGGUCUCCAGAUUGGAACAGGUUGACUCCCGAUGAUGUGAGGCAUCAAUAUGAGAUGGUGGAGGUGCUUGAUGGUUACUCUGAAGAGCUUGGAGUUUGUGUUACUCCCCUUGUCAAAUUGGUUGGGUUCAAGACAGUAUAUCAAAGAAAUACAAAUAAGGAUGCAAUUAGAUGGAUACCGAGGAAAGAGAUGUUCCGCUUUUCGCACCAGGUUCCUUCGUGGUUACUUCAAGGAGAAUCCGGUGAUUUACCCAAUAAUUGUUGGGACUUAGACCCGGCUGCAACUCCAGAUGAGCUUCUUCAUGCUGCAACAGAAGCAAAGGCUUAACAUUAACCUUGUCAUGCAUGAAAAGAUACAGAAAAAAGCAUGAUUAGUUUGGAAUUUGGUUUACCAUUCUUACAGAAUUUAGAUUUGACUGUACAAACAUUUCACACUUUGUUUAGCAGCCAAUGCAAACAUUAAUUCCUGAUGAAUUUAGAGGAUGUAAUAUUGCUGAGGAUCAA